CAACAUUGAAUUGUUUUUGUUGAAAUGCAACUGCAGGUCAAAUUGGUCCUUGCCUCAACCAAUGGACAAUCCAACGAAGGCCCACCGACCGCGGCAGUCAGGCCCGAAAGCAGAGAAGAAAAACAAGUCUAAGAAGAACGCCGAAAAGAAUAACCCACAGGCGUUCGCCUCAUUCUCCGGAAAGAAGGCCGAUCGUAUUAUCAGAAGGAACCUCGAUAAGGAGCAGCACAAGCUACAUGUCCCGCUUGUAGAUCGCACGCCGCUCGAGGCCCCGCCUGUGGUUGUUGCAGUCGUCGGGCCUCCUGGAACAGGAAAGACAACAUUGAUCAGGUCUCUUGUCAAGCGGUACACGAAGCAUAAUUUGGCAGAUAUUAAGGGCCCGAUCACUGUCGUUAGCGGCAAACAUCGAAGGCUCACUUUCAUCGAGUGCAACAAUGACGUAAAUUCAAUGAUAGAUAUUGGUAAAAUUGCAGAUUUGGUCCUUCUGCUAAUUGACGCGAGCUUUGGGAUGGAAAUGGAAACAUUUGAAUUCUUAAACAUCUUGCAAGCUCACGGGUUUCCGAAGGUGAUGGGAGUUUUGACGCACUUAGAUAAAUUCAAAGACAAUAAAAGGCUGCGGAAGACUAAAAAGCGCUUGAAACAUCGCUUUUGGACCGAGAUCUAUCAAGGAGCUAAGCUUUUUUAUCUAUCCGGUUUGAUCAACGGGCGAUAUCCUAAGAACGAGAUUAUGAACCUCUCCCGAUUCAUAUCGGUUAUGAAGUUUCGUCCGCUGGUUUGGCGAAAUGCCCAUCCCUACUUGCUUGCAGAUCGUGUUGAGGAUCUAACGGACCCAGAAACAGUACGUGGUAACCCCAAAUGUGAUCGAACCGUGUCGGUAUAUGGUUACGCGAGGGGAACAAAUCUCAAACCUACACUAAAGGUGCAUAUUCCUGGAGUUGGUGACCAAAAUAUCGCGGAUAUCACCUUGCUGCCUGAUCCCUGCCCUAUACCUGACAAAGUUCGGAAGACACUUAAUGACAAGCACAAGCUCAUCUACGCCCCCAUGUCCGAUGUUGGUGGAAUCUUGUACGAUAAAGAUGCUGUAUAUAUCAAUGUCCCUGGAACUUUUUCCAGGAAGACGGAAGGAGAUGGAGCAGACAUUGAUAGUGAUGCCGGUCAAGAUCCAGGAGAACGCAUGGUGAUGGAUCUGCAGAAUGCGUCGCUGACCUUUGCCGACAAGAUGCGGCAGAGCGAACUGCGAAUCUUCCAAUCAUCCGCUAGCGUGCGCGGUUACCAAGAAAGCGCGCCAUGGAGGGAAGGGAAAGAGGAUAGUCAGGACGUCACGUCCGAAGAAUCCGACGAUGGAGACCCUGAAGAAAUUUACAGUGCAGGAGAAAGUAGUGAUGAGAAUGAGGACUCGGACCAUGUGCUAAGCGAUUCAGAAGAGAGCGACUUGGACAACACCACUGCAUCCUGCGAUGGUCGAGUUCGACGACGGCUCUCGACAAAGUUGCUUGGGGAAGAUACACAGCCAGCGUUCGAACCAGAUGUGGCGUUUGCCGAUUCGGACAGUGACCUGGAUAGCGAAGAGCUGUACGAAGAUGGAAGCGGUUCGAUGAGGUGGAAAGAGAGAAUACUGGAAAGAGGAAAGCAUGCCUUUUCUGCCAAGCGCCGUGUCAAUCUUAUGGACCAGGUGUACAUUCAGAAUGAAGGAUCUGACUUGCUAUCGGUUGGUUCGGUCGAUCCUGAAGUUGCAGACGAAGGGGGCUUGUUCCACGUUAGAAAGGCGGUGCACACAGACGAACGAUCCCUUGCUUUGGUAGACACUUGCAAAAUCGAAGUCGGUCUACAGUCACGGAUAGACUCUCCUCAUGAUGAGUUUCUUUCCUCUAUACGCACCCGUUUCGUUACGUCGCAGUCUAAUCCCGUCAGUGACAUGAAUCCGGUCGUGGGAGAUGAGGAAGAAAUAUAUGGUGACUUUGAGGAUCUUGAGAAUGGGGAGAAUAUCGAAAUCCCUCAUGGAAGCGAUGAGCAGCCCACCCACGUAACACCGGCAGGUGACAUGCUUUCUCUAGCAAAAAAGAAGGAAGAGCUCAAGCGGAAGUUUGAUGCUGAGUAUGACGGCAGCGACGAUGAGAACAAUUCCAACAACGUGUAUGAGAGCGUAAAAGAGGAUCUGUUGAAACAGCAGGAGAUCAACCGAGAAGAAUUCUUAAAUGAGGAUCCACAAUUGAGAGCGCAGUUAGAGGGGUAUCGGCCUGGCAGCUAUAUCCGAGUGAUUCUCCAUGACGUACCUUGUGAGUUGGUGGAAAAUUUCGAUCCCACAUAUCCGGUUGUCGUCGGAGGAUUGUUACCAUCUGAAGAGAACUUCGGCUUCAUGCAAGUGCGCAUCAAACGCCAUCGCUGGCAUAAGAAAAUUCUGAAGACGAAUGAUCCGCUGAUCUUCUCUCUUGGGUGGAGACGAUUUCAAAGUAUACCCAUAUAUUCUUUGAAUGAUGGAACGCGCAACAGGAUGCUGAAGUACACCCCAGAGCACAUGCAUUGUCUGGCGACCUUCUAUGGACCAAUCACCCCACCGAACACUGGGUUUUGUGCUUUCCAAUCAAUAUCAGAAAACAUGUCAGCAUUUCGUCUGAGUGCUACGGGCGUGGUACUGGAUGUUGACAAAAGCACGGAAAUCGUGAAGAAGUUGAAACUGACUGGCACGCCUUCAAAAGUGUUCAAGAACACCGCUUUUAUCAAAGAUAUGUUUACAACGGGAUUGGAAGUGGCAAAAUUUGAAGGGGCGAGUAUUCGAACCGUUAGUGGGAUUCGCGGACAGGUUAAAAAACAUGUUGGGAAUCCGGAAGGGACCUUCCGUGCUACUUUUGAAGACAAGAUCUUGAUGAGUGAUAUCGUUUUCCUUCGUGCAUGGUACCCAGUGAAACCGAAGAAGUUCUAUAAUCCUGUGUCUUCCCUGCUGCUUUCGCAGAAGGAGGUGUGGACAGGAAUGCGUACCGUGGGUCAAUUACGACGGGACGAAGGAAUGCGAACUCCAGUCAAUGCUGACUCGAGAUACAAGCCCAUUGAGCGACAAGCGCGCAAAUUCAACAAACUGCGCAUACCGAAGACGCUUCAAGCUGACCUACCCUUUGCAUCCAAACCGAAGCAUAUGAAAAAGCAGAGUAAACCCUCCCUUCUCGCACGACGGGCCGUGGUUCUUGAGCCGCAUGAGAAGAAGGUGGCAAAUCUUCUGCAGGCUCUCAAUACCAUCCAUAAGGCGAAGGAUCAAAAGCAAAAAGAGAAAAACGCGGUCAAACGCCAACAGUACCUGAAGAAAAAGGAAAUCGAUGACCAGGCAACAGCACAUAUACAGAAGGAACGCAGAAAAGACUUCCACCGAGCUGAGGGGAAAAAGCGGAUGCGCGAGGUUACUGUUGCUGAAAAGGCAAUGCAUAAGAGAGCAAAGGUUAAUACAUGAUUGAUAGCAUGUGUUGUUGGCUGUGUGCUCAGAUAUGUAUCCUAAUGUUAGAGUAACUUUAAUGAUUGUAAAUACUUACUUGGGUGUGUUGUGACCCCUGUGGCUUUUAAGGAUUAUAUUAGUGGGAUAGGAGCUGUUGUCCCUAUCAUUUGGUGAAAGUAAAUUGUAUGCACAGAGCAG